AUGAUAUUAGGUUUCAAUCAAAUAUUACCUACUAAGAAAAAAAUACUUGAAACAUGCUCGAUCAUUAAUAGAACUUUCUCAUGUCCUGUAUAUCUCAGAAUUGAUUAUAACGAUCAACAAGUAUAUCUUUCAUUUGAAAAACCAACACAUAAUACUCGUUCACCACAUCCUUCUAUCAAUCUUCUUGAAACGAAUCCUCAGGCAUCAGUUAUUUUUCGUUACACAGUUAAAGUUCGAGUACAUGAUAACAAGAAUAAAUUGCAAUUAUAUGUUUUACUUGAAUGUCGAUCAGUUAAUCGCUGUAUAGAAAAUCUGCGUCAGUUUUGGCCUCAAUUUGUUUUAUUGAAUGAUCGUCGAAGUAGUUAUUUUAUUUUUCAUGAACUACUUUAUUCAAAUGAAACAAAUUCUACUGACUGUUUUGAUGAUCGAACAAAUCAAACCAUACAAUGCUCAUCAUUCUAUAAUAUGUGUUCGGCAUCAUCAGAGACUGAACGAACAUGUACAAGUCAUUCAAAUGAAUUUAUCUAUUCUUAUAAUAAAGCUUACAGGCCACAUCGUUUAACAAAUGAAUCAGUUUAUUAUACAUUAUCAUGUCAAGUAGAUAAUUGUACUGACAAUGAAAGUAUUGCUAAUACAGCGGAUAAUAUUCAAGUAUUUCAUUCCUAUAAAAAUAUUAUUACUCUUCAUUGGAAUAAUGUCACUCUUGAAUAUAUGAUCAUUCGUGAUAAUCAAAUUUGGUUUGAAAGUGGCCCAUUUUUUAUUCAUUUUAAUCAAACAUAUUAUUCAUCAUCUUCGAAUCAAGAAUCAAUAUCAAUGUUACCAUUAUAUUUAAUUGAACAAUAUGAAACAACUGGUAUUGAUGUUGUUUUAGGUUCAUUUAAUAAACUAACUCUUCGUUGGUCAUCUACAUUACAAACAGAUAUUUCUAUUUGGGAAACAUCAUUUAAAAUUUUUCAGGAACAACCAAUAAUUUUAUUUGAUCAAUAUUUUCCUCUAGAUCUUGAUGGAAUGUCCAUGGGAAAUGAUAUAGAUACAUUCAAACAUGUUUCAACAGCAUUUCCAAGAUUUAAAGUUUCAUUUAAUCAAACUGAUCAAUAUGUUAUUGAUCAUUUAGGCCAUUUUACAUUUUUAGAAUUUUGGGAUUUAAAUAUGCGUGGUAUUGGUUUAAAAAAUCUUUUUAACGGAGGUUUAUAUAGUGGAAAUCCAUUAUUAUUAUAUAAUUUAACUAAAUUAGAUUCCAAUAUUAUUCUAUCACCUUUAAAUAAUUUCAUGACAAAUUUUCAAACACGUUCACCAUCAUUAAAUUAUCAUUUUUCAUGUGGUUUACAUGGACGUAUACGUCAGAUAGAACAAUCAUUUUCUUUAACAACUAUUUUAUUAGCAUCACAAUCUAAUCAAGGUAUUAAUAAAAUUACAAAUCAAUGGGGAAAAUUAUUGUUACAAUAUUACGGUAAACAACAUAUAAAUCAACAUGAAAAUUUUCAUGAAGAUUUUUAUAUAUCAAAAUUAGGUUAUUAUACAGAUACAGGUGGUUAUUAUUGGUAUAAUACAGAAUCAAAUUUAACAUAUGAACAAACAUUUAUUAAUUUAAAACAGUAUCAUUUAAAACAACAAAUACCUGUUCAAUAUUAUGAGUUAGAUUCUUAUUGGUAUUAUAAACAAGAUGAUUAUACUGGUGAAUAUGGUGGUAUUAAAUUAUAUGAACCACGACCAGAUGUAUUUCCAAAUGGUAUUGAAAGUUUACAACGAGAAAUUUUAAAAACACCUUUAAUUGUUCAUCAUAAAUAUUAUUCAAUAGAUAAUUUAUAUCAAGAUAAAUAUAAAUUUUUAAAUGGUAGUGUUGGAAACGCUUCAUUACCGUUGGAACAACGAUUUUUUAAUAAAAUUUUUUCACAAAUUAAACAAUGGGGUGUAGAAAUUCUUAUACAAGAUUGGCUUGCAUUUGUUUAUGAACUUCUACCAGAUGCAUCUUAUGAUGUUCAUACAGCUCGAGAAUAUCAUUUACAUUUAGCUGAAGGUGCUAAACAAGCUGGAAUUAAACUAAUUUAUUGUAUGCCCGUAAAUCCAGAAAUAUUAGAAACAUUGGAAAAUACUCAAGUUCAUUAUAUACGUAUAAGUGAUGAUUAUUCAACAAAUAUUAAUCAAUGGAAUAUUGGUCGACCAUCAAUGAUUACAUGGGCUUUAGGUGUAAUACCAUUUAAAGAUACUUUUUGGACAACUUCAAUACAACCAGAAUCAACAUAUGGGAAUUUUACAGAACCAAAUGUUCUAUUAAAUGGAUUAGUUGCAUUGAUGAGUUUAGGAGGUGUUGCUAUAUCAGAUAAAAUUGGUAAUACAAAUUCAACUGUUGUGAAUCGAUUAUGUCGAACAGAUGGUAUUCUUUUUCGUCCAGAACGACCAGCAACUGCAAUGGAUUCAACAUUUUUAGGUGAUAAUGGUCCAAAAGGUGAAAUGUGGCAUACUUAUGCUUCCGAUGUAUAA